AUGCCGAAGAGAACGUUUAUCUUCGAGACGACCGCAGGAUCUCCGGUCUUCUACCUUCCUGUUCCCAUUUCCAACCUGUCUGACUACGAAAACGUCGAAUUUCACUUCCGCAACACUGGUGGCAACCCUACCUUCUAUAUUGGACCAGCUGAAGUCGCUCUAAAUGACAAAGACGCCGUAGACUAUACGACAGUGAUUCGCGCUGUGACUAAAGCAAGAAGUGAGGCCAAAGAAUUCAGACUGGCCGAAGGAGUUCAGGUCAAGAUCGAAGACCGCACCCCUCAUAUUUCGAGGAACAAGGGGAAGCAACGAGAAGAUCAACCUACGAAGUACUCAGCGGAAGAGCUUCGUGCUUUUUCUCGAGGGGCAUUUACUACUGUUGCAGCAUAUGCACAACAAUACGAGGACCAUCGCCAAGACUUUGCCGUCUCUUGUCAACCAUCCCUUCCAGCCACCAGAGUCCUCACCGACGCGGAGAACACGAUAUGCCGUGAGUUAUGGGAAGCUCUCCUGCGUCUGGACCGCAUUUUUAGUGGUCCCUUGCGAGAUGUAGCGGCUCUACAAAGCCGUCAGGACGAAAUGUUUGAGGCAGCUGUGAAGCGUCUCCAUGGUCAGGGACAAGAAGAAUUACGACGGCGAACGCCUUUGCGUUCAGCAGCGAACCAAUCCACCCCCUCUAACCGAGAAGUAGUCACCGACUGGAUUAAAUCUUCCGCGCACCCUUCAUCACUGCGAUCUCGUGCUAUUAAAGAGAAUGUGGGCCAAACAACAGCAAAACGGAAACGACCCACAGACGCAGUGGAAGUUGACAAUUCUUCUAAUAAGAGAGUGCGAGAGGAUUCUGUCGUCUCUACUGCUUCAUCAACAGUCUUCAAAGACGGCCUUCGUCAUAAAACGAAGGAGACCUUUUCCCCGCUCGGCCACCGUUAUCUGGCUCUGAUACCACAAAAUCCUCUUCCUUCUGGGCAAAUACUAACAACGGAGGAGCGCGACUGGAUUCUCAAUCAGCGCGAUCUCUCGCGUGCCCCAGACUUCUGGCGUCCAGUGGAAUGGCUGGCACUCGGCGCUCGCAUGUUUGAAGUUGCCCUAAACAGGGCAGACAUUCGCCCGCUUUAUCACGGCGUUCUACUCGCUGCAUGGGAUCGGAAAGAGUGGCGGUGGCCGGGUCACGAGACUCUGGGUGGGGAUGCGACCUGGGCAGAGUGGAUACGGGGUCCCGAGGUAAGCAGUUCGUCUGUGAGACUAUAUCUACGCUACGUGCGUCUGGGAAAUAGCGGUCUGAAAGUGUCCAAGAUCAUCCUUGGAUGCAUGACCUAUGGCACACCCGAGUGGCAAUCUUGGGUCUUGGGCGAGGAGGAGGGAAUUCAGCAUAUCAAGGAAGCGUAUGAGAACGGCAUCCAAACAUUCGACACCAGCAAUGUCUACAGCAACGGGGCCUCCGAGCGGAUUCUGGGCAAGGCCAUCCGUCAGCUGAACAUCCCCCGCGAGGAAGUAGUUGUCAUGACCAAAGUGUACUUCGUCGUUGGCCGCGCGCCGUCUGUCACUUUCCUUGGUGGGAGCGCGGCUGAUCCGGACAACGAAGGCUACGUCAAUCAGCAUGGCUUAUCGCGGAAGCACAUCUUCGAUUCCGUCAAGGCCAGUUUGGAACGCCUGCAGUUGGACUACAUCGAUCUCCUUCAGUGUCAUCGUUUCGACUAUGACACUCCAAUCGAGGAGACGAUGCAAGCUCUCCAUGAUGUAGUCAAGGCAGGAUAUGUGCGCUACAUUGGCAUGUCGUCGUGCUAUGCCUGGCAGUUCCAUGCAAUGCAGAAUUAUGCAAUCCAGAACAAGCUCACCCCCUUCAUCUCUAUGCAGAAUCACUACAGUCUCGCCUAUCGCGAAGAAGAGCGAGAGAUGUUCCCAACGCUCAAAUAUUUCAAAGUUGGUUCCAUCCCGUGGUCCCCUCCCGGUCGUGGUCUCUUGACUCGUCCGUUGUCUGAGCAAAGUAAACGCGGCGCAGUUGACCGGAUGAUUGGCUCGUACCACAGCGAAGCCACUACGCAGAUCGUGCAGAGACUCGAGGAAGUGAGCAAGAAGAAAGGCCAUAGCAUGGCCCAGAUUGCUCUGGCAUGGGUCAUGGCAAAAGACGGCGUUUCCGCUCCCAUCAUCGGCACUACGUCUCUGGACAACCUAAAAGAACACAUCGCUGCGGUGGAUAUCACGCUCACCGAGGAGGAAUUGAAAUAUCUGGAAGAACCGUAUCAGCCAACUAAGAUUAUCGGGCAUACCUAA